AUGGAUAAGUUCAACGCAGCCACUUCAGUCAUCGAUUGGACAAAAUCGGACGCCUACCAUAACUCGUUCCUUAUUCCCAAGGAUGAGGUGAUGGAGCUCGCUUUGAAGAACUCUAUCGACAAAGGGCUACCUGACAUCGCGGUCAGCCCUGCUCAGGGGAAACUUCUCAACUUGCUGGCUCAAUCCGUAGGAGCUAAACAUAUCCUAGAGGUUGGGACUCUUGGAGGAUAUUCCAGCAUUUGGAUGGGAAGAGCACUCCCCAAAGAUGGAAAAUUGAUCACCCUCGAAAUCAACGAGACUCACGCAAAGGUUGCUGGAGAAAAUUUUGCAAAAGCCGGACUCGGCGACAAGUGCGAAGUCAUUCUCGGUCCUGCCUAUGAAUCAAUGAUCGGUCUCCGUCCCAAAAUCCCAUUCGACCUGGUCUUCAUCGACGCCGAUAAGAGAAGUUAUCCCAAGUACUUCGCUGAAGCCAAACGCCUUGUCAAAAAGGGCGGUGUAAUCAUUGUCGAUAAUGUGGUGCGCUAUGGACAGGUCAAUGACAUGAGUGUCAAUGACCCUGAUACAGUUGGUAUACGGGAACUCCUGGCAUAUAUAAAGCAGGACAAGGAAGUUGAGGCAACUACCAUAGCCACUGUGGGUGAACGAGCAUUCGACGGUUUUUUGUAUGCUAUCCGAAAGUGA